AUUUCAAGAUAGAGAAAUCCAAAUUCAUUAUCGUACGAGUUUAUUGCAGACUCUCUCUCUCUCUCUCUCUAGUCCCAUAGACUUUCAUUGAUUAACGAUUUACGAAAUCGAAGCUCGAAUCGACAACAAGCUUCUAGAGAUUCAAGGUUAUCUUCUCUAAUCUAGAGGUUUCAAUUGGUGAAAUCAAAUCAAAAUGGGGUUUUUGGUGACAACCCUAAUUUUUGUUGUGAUCGGAGUUAUUGCAUGUCUCUGUACCAGAAUCUGCUGCAAUAGAGGGCCUUCUGCAAAUCUGUUCCACCUAACGUUGGUUAUUACUGCAACAGUAUGCUGUUGGAUGAUGUGGGCAAUUGUGUAUCUUGCGCAGAUGAAACCACUGAUAGUCCCAAUUUUGAAUUAAGGGGAGUGAGAAGCUAUGUGGAAAAGCAUGCAUUGUAGAGGGUUUAAUGGGAAUGAAGAUUUAUCUUAUUGAAGAACAUGAAGUACCCAAAAUCUUCUCAUCUCAUAUUUGUAUGUAAUUUCUUAUUGGUGCGAAUAAUUUUGGAUUGGUUUUUGCAUAUUGUGGUUGACUCUACUAGCUGUAAAACUAUCAUUAAUGUCUUAUUCAAAUUUGAGAUCUGAAAGUAAACAAUGCCACAUACUGAUAAAUGUUUGAAUGUUUA